CUGACGUAAAACUCCAUGACACUCCAUAAACUCUCGUYUUUAUCAGKGAUUUGMCGUCUUCUUGCUCGAUUAAGGCACUAUUUCCUUAAUGSACUUACUCAGUGAAGCAUUUUUUUYGCUYUUUAAUCAGCUGKAGUACCAAUUAUUGAUUCUUUGAAACCGAGWAAGUCAUGCUCCAUUCUAGAAAUUUCUUGGUCCUCGUGUGGAAAUAAUCUUUCUUCGCAAGUACGACUGCUGUACUCGCUUUUAUUAGCUUAUCUAUUUUGGUWAUCACUGUCAAAGCGAAGGAAAAUCAGUCAUGUCAUUCCUCGGUCCUGGUGAAUACGUGUGGUUGGGCGGUACUGCGAACUUUGACGUUCCCAUUGGAGCAUGCGUGGAAGCUGUUGAUGGAGCUGUAGUGGUCCUACGAGAUGACAAGGGUCAGAAAGUGGAGCUUGAAAGAUCAGAAGCUGAGCGUCUUUCCCGUAUGCAUCCUGGGAGUAUCAAUGAUGUAGAGGACAUGAUUCAACUUGGUGAUCUCACUGAGGCAGGGAUUCUUAGAAACCUUUUAAUACGAUAUCAAGCUGCCAAAAUCUAUACAUACAUAGGUACRGUUCUCGUCGCUGUCAAUCCAUACAAGUUCUUUCCUGUCUACGAUGCGACAUAUAUCAACGAAUAUCGAGAGAAGGAUCUAAGUAAACUACCACCGCACAUCUUUGCUACAGCAGAACAAGCCUACAGUCUUAUGAAGAGAGAAGAACACAACCAGUGUAUCAUUAUCAGCGGAGAGAGUGGUGCAGGCAAGACAGARUCGACCAAGUUUAUCCUUCAAUACCUGGCUGCGGUCAGCGGGCARCAUUCGAAGAUAGAACAGCAAAUUCUUGACGCGAACCCCAUACUUGAAGCUUUUGGUAACGCCAAGACACUGCGUAAUGACAACUCUAGUCGGUUUGGUAAAUACAUYGAUGUUCACUUCAACAAAGCCGCCAUCAUCGAAGGAGCUAAGAUUGAGCAGUAUCUCUUGGAAAAGUCACGUAUUGUAAACCAAAUGCCAGAUGAACGWAACUACCAUAUAUUCUACCGUAUGCUGGCUGGUAUGACUCCGCAAGARCUAAAAUCCCUCCACUUAACAACCGCAGAGGAUUACCACUACUUAUCACAAGGGAACUGUUUCACGUGCCCAUCCAUGGACGAUGCACGUGAAUUUCACGUGAUCAGACAAGCGAUGCAGGUCCUGUCAUUUACMACUAAAGAAACAUGGCGUUUGUUCAAGAUUAUGGCCUCGAUUCUUCACUUAGGGAACAUAAGCUUUCGUGGAACAGUGCAAGACAAUAUGGAAGCUAGUGAAGUAAUGGAUCCUCGGUCUCUGAAGUACGCCGCUGAACUACUCGAGGUUCCGCCUAGCAGCAUGGAGAAGGCGUUUACCAUGAAGUCGACGUACGCGUCGGGUGAAGUGAUAUACAGCACUGUCAGCGAAACUAAAGCUACAGACGUACGAGAUGCGUUUGUCAAAGGAAUCUAUGGAAAAUUAUUCAUUUGGAUUGUCAAAAAAAUAAAUGCUGUCAUCUUUAAACCUAUGAAUGAAAAUGGCUUCCGUACCUCUAUUGGUGUGCUGGAUAUAUUUGGAUUUGAAGUGUUUGAAGUUAACAGCUUUGAACAGCUCUGCAUCAACUAUGCCAACGAGAAUUUGCAACAAUUCUUCGUAGCACAAAUCUUCAAGAUGGAACAAGAAGAAUACAGCCGCGAGGGAAUAGAYUGGAGCCACGUGACUUUUAAGGACAAUCAAGAGGUGUUGGAUAUGUUGGCUGUCAAACCUAUGAAUUUUAUAGCAAUUAUGGACGAGGAAAGCAGAUUCCCGCAGGGUUCGGAUGACUCAUUUCUUCACAAGAUAAACACAAAUCAUGGCGAAAAUSCAUCCUUCGUCAAAUCAAGCUCUCUGGAACGAACCAAGUUUGGCGUCGUUCACUUUGCAGGGAYAGUGUACUAUGAAUCAGAAGGAAUCCUGGAUAAAAAUCGUGAUACUUUCAGUGGGGACCUCAUCGAUUUGAUAGCACAAAGUGACUCUAAUUUUCUCCUUGAUAUGUUUAGCAGCGAAAGGUCAAUGGGUACAGAAACAAGAAAGAGGUCCCCAACGCUGAGCUUACAAUUCAGRCGUUCUUUGAAUGUACUGAUGAAGACCUUGUCAAGUUGUCAUUCUUCUUUUGUCCGUUGUAUAAAACCAAACAAUAACAAACAGGCUAUGGUAUUCGACAGGCAUUUAUGCUGGGAACAGCUSAAGUACUCUGGCAUGUUGGAAACUGUGAGGGUUCGCAAGGCUGGUUAUUCUAUGCGUCACACGUUUGAAGAAUUUGUCACACGUUAUCAUAUGUUGUUGCAUGACGGUCACAUAAAGUCRCACAGUCCGCGAGAGCUCACAGAGGUGAUUGCUAAAACAUUGCUUGGUUCAUCUGGUUGGGUCAUGGGCACAAAGAGAAUCUUUAUGAAGGAAUCACAAGACAAUAUUCUGGAAAAGGCUCGUAUCAGACUAUUGACUUCAAAAGUGGUGUUUCUUCAGCGAGCUAUCAAAAGAUACAUUCAACGUAAGMGAGCACGAAGAAUACGAAAUAGUGCUACGGCAAUUCAGAAAACAUGGAGAGGAUACAGAGAAAGGAUGGCAUAUAACAAGAUGAAGCGAGGCUUUUGUCGACUGCAAGCUGUGAUUCGUUCUCGAGUGGCGGUGAAACGUUACCAAAAUCUGAAACUCAUGAAGAUUGAACAGGAAAGACGGAAARAGGAAGAGCAAAAGCAAAGAGAGGAAGAAMAGAAGAGGAAAGAAGAAGAUGAAAGGCGCAGAGAGGAACAAGAAAGAUGGCAGAAACAACAAGAAAUAAAACGACAAGAGAGAGAAAGGAAACGAAGACAGGAACUAGAGAGAAAAGCAAGAGAAGCGGAAGCCGAAAGAAGAAAACAAGCACUUCAAAAUAUGAGCCAAAAUGAAGGAAAAGCCCUAAAAGGGCAAUCUAAGGUCGGAAUAAAAACAUCCCAGAGUUCAUUUGGUUCUCAAGGAAUUCAAGGAAUGGCCACGCAGCCACCCCUCUUUGGUGACGUCACUAAACCACAUGGAUCACUGACUGCUCCACCUACACUGGGAUCAACACUCUCCGACCUGACGUCCUUGAUACGACCAAGCUCAAUGCAAAGUGAUGCAACAGCUUUUGCCGUAUCUUUGCUUGCUUUUGGUGUUGCAAUUGGAACAGCGUAUGGUCCUCAAGCAGAACAGUCGACACUAACAACGACACCACGAGCGUCAUCUACGAAUCGUACACCAACAAAAAAAAGUAGCACAGGUGGAAACUUCGUGUCGCCUCUACGAACAACACCACGAGGUCCACAGGCUUCAAAUCGUAAUGGGAGCACAUGAUGAUAUUCGACCAUGUUUAGCUUAUGACUAAAUAAUGAAUUUAAAAAUGAUCACUUAAAUAUUUUUUAUAAUGAUCACCUAUUUUUGAAACACGUUAUAUUCCCUUUGCCAAGGUCAGGUUUGUAUGUCCAUAUUUAGAAAGGACUAAUUCUUAAAGUUUCAGUAUAGCCUCGAACCAAGAGAAAAUGAGCUAAGUUAGCUCAUUUUCUCUUGCACGAACCUAUGUGAAAAUGGAUUGUUUCUUCGAUUGUUUUCUAUCCCAGGAACGAGGUUAUUCCGCCUGAAUUGAAAUUAUAAGAAUAGUCAAUAAGUACUCAAGUCAUUUUGAGAAAGACUAUCAGACGUGAUACAGUUGGAAAAGGACUCGARUUUGAGUGUUUUUCUUUUAUAAUUCCUUUUAAUGAAUUCUUUUCCCACAACAUCCCUAAUUUUGUGUUGUUAUAAUGGUGAGGUUUUGCAAGUAAAUGUAAUUGGUCUUCGUGGCUAUGACCUCGCAAGACUGAAAAUCAAGCCACUUUGGAAAUCUAUUUGUCUUCUUUCAAAUAGCGAGUUUGUAAUUAUUAUUUUAUUAUUWUUAAUGUAUUGAUAAGUUUAAUUAACGGCUGUACCAUCACGUGCUCCUGAAAAUAUUUCAAUUUCAUACGCAAUGGUUUACGCUCGAUAAAUACACGGAAGGUUAGCUUAUUAAAGCUUAUGAACUGGGGAAUAAAAUCAAUAAAAUGGUAUUUAUUAAUUGGA